UACUUCCUCAAAUAUCCUCUUAGUGCUAUCUAUCUGCCACAAGCAAAUACCCCAGACCAAACACACACUCCCCCACACACACAAAAUGUCCAUCAUUGUCAACAACAACCUCUCGCUCGCCGAAAAGGACGACCACGUGAAGGUCUACGACAGAGAACACCGGGUCUCUGUCACCGAGGCAACCGCCGACGUCCACGGCUUGGGCUUGUCUAAGGUCAUCAGCUACAUUGACGACGACGACAAGAGCGACGACGACGAGUACUACGACGGCAACAACUACAGCUUCAUUCCGACCGUGAGCUGCGACAACUACGACUCCGUACACGUCUAUGGUCACAACCAGAUGUAAGGGUCGAUCGCCCUUCUGCACCCGAGCUCUCUUUUCUACUCUCCCUUUUCUACUCCCCCCUUUAUUUCUCUUCCACUUGAUGUGUAUGCAUACGCUUAUGUCUUUCUUUAUAUCUUCGGUAAUCGAUUUACGGCACACCGUUGCCCUGGUUCUCUAUCCU